CUGCGCAUGCGUCACGCCGCAGACUGCCAGCCCGGCGUGAGUCGAGGAGGAAGCGCAGCUUGUUCGGCCUCCUUUGCUUCCGUCCCUGACCGAGAACUAACGUCCACCUGCCGUAUUCUCUCAUCAGCGGUACGGGAAACCGCACAGAAGUGCUUGCUCGUGUGUUUUUGGAGUGUUUCAGUACAAUGCCUCCGUGGAGUCUGACGGAAGGAGAGAGCAGCUGAAGACGAACCUCGAACACUGAGACGGACUGCGCGAGGACUCGAGCUGUCCCACUAUGGAGCUCAGUAGAUUGGUGCCUUUCUGGAUUGUAUGUGUAUGCUUCUUCUUGGAAUGUCGUUCUGUCAAAUCCAAUCUCGUAAGCCCAGACCCCUUACCAUUGGACAACGGUGUCUCAGAGCUUUGCCGCAUUGAUGAGCUGCUCUGCCAGGAUGAGAACGCCAUCCUCAGUUUUGAGGCCAUCCGCAGCAUUCACAAGCAAAUGGACGACGAUGCCAAUGGGAAUGUGGAUGUUUUGGAAACCGAUGGGUUUUUAAGAGAGGACCUCAACUACCAUGACCCCAAAGCCAAGCACAACACUUUCCACGGUGACGACCAGCUCAUAAGCGUGGAGGACCUGUGGAAUGCCUGGAAGAGUUCAAAAGUGUACAACUGGACAGUGGAUGAGGUUGUGGAUUGGCUUAUUGACUACCUGGAGCUGCCACAAUAUGCAGAUGCCUUCCGGAAGUUGAAUUUCAAUGGUACAUCCAUGCCUCGAUUGGCAGUGAAGAACGUUACUCUGACACAGACCGUCCUGAAGAUUCUGGACCGGAGUCACUUUCAGAAACUACAGCUCAAGGCUCUGGACACGGUUCUGUUCGGAGCUCCUAUGAUGAACAGACAUAACCAUCUGAAGGACUUCAUGCUGGUAGUAUCAAUAGUCAUCGGACUGGGAGGCUGCUGGUUCGCUUACAUCCAAAACCGGCACUCUAAAGACCACAUGAAGAAGAUGAUGAUAGACCUGGAGAGCCUCCAGCGGGCAGAGCAGAGCCUUCAUGACCUACAGCAGAAACUGCAGAUAGCUCAGGAGGAACACCGUUCAGUGGAGGUGGAGAAGGUAAACCUGGAGCAGAAGCUGAGGGAUGAGAUCAAUACUGCCAAACAAGAAGCGCAGAGACUGAAGGGGCUCCGAGAGGGAACUGAGAACGAGCUGAGCCGACAGAAAUAUGCAGAGGAGGAGUUGGACCAGGUGCGAAUGGCCUUGAGGAAGGCAGAGAAGGAGCUGGAGUCUCGCAGUAGCUGGUCUCCUCCUAAUGCCCUGCAGAAAUGGCUGCAGCUCACUCAUGAGGUGGAGGUGCAGUACUACAACAUCAAAAAACAGAACGCAGAGAGACAGCUGCAGGUGGCCAAAGAGGGGGCAGAAAAGAUUAAGAAGAAGAGAAAUACUUUAUUUGGUACGUUCCAUGUGGCACAUAGUUCUUCACUGGAUGACGUGGAUCACAAAAUACUUACAGCCAAGCAAGCUCUGGGUGAGGUAACCGCAGCUCUGAGAGAGAGACUCCAUCGUUGGCAGCAGAUUGAGAUCUUAACAGGCUUCUCGCUGGUCAAUAACCCAGGCCUGCCUUCUCUGGCCUCUUCUCUCAACCUGGACCCCAGCUUCAUGGGCGGCCGCGGCACACCCCAGCACUUCAUGUCUGAAGACAUGGAUGACAUGGACGAGGACAUAGUGGCACCAGGAACGCUCCAAUAUGCAGCAUGGCUAAUGGGCCGCCGAGCAAGUGAUCUCUGGUCAUUGAAUUCGGAUUGCCAGUCAUUUUGGAAGUACUCUGCUCCCAGUAUGAUGUCACUCCGGCAACGGCACAUUGACCCGCAGCUGGCCCUGGGUUCGCAGAGGUUGGUAGAGAGUUGUCUCUCACUUGGUGGUCAGGAAGGGGAGGGUAGCUUGUACUUGUCCAGGUCUAGGACAGCGAUACGCCAGGCACGCAGCCAAUCUUUUGGGCACUUUGACUCUCUGGGACUGCCUCCUCUUUCCUCAGCAGUGUCUCAUCCUGCUAUCUUCUCGGCUGUCUCAUCCCACGCUCCCCACUGCUCUUCUGUCACUACUGCCCCUCAUGCAUCCCACUAUCACUCUUCACAUUUCCAGCCUAUGGACACCAUCCCAGACCUCCCCUAUGAUGCAAGCCCAGAGCGCUCCCGCCAUUGCGACAGCUAUGGGGACUUGAAUCGCUCAGACUCUGAUUCCUCCUUGUGUAUAUCCCAGACUGGCGAGCAGCUACGCCUAUCCUACAGUUCCAAAGGCUUCCCUGUGAAGCCCACUUCGCUUCUGCAUGGCCCCCAUUCAUGCUCUGAAGAUGGAGCUCACUCCCAAACCCAUAACGGAGGCAACAGAGUUCCUGAUGGGGGUGCAUCUCCUGAAGGAGUUUCUGAAAGUCCCAUAUUAAUGAAGAAGGUAUAUGGCAUAGAGAAAUCCGUCAGUAUGAGCGAGAUCCAAGUCUCACAAGCAGCGAUGUCUAUGUCGGAAUCCUCACGCUCCUUAAGCCCAAACUCCACUGAAUCCGAUACCCCGUCCCCCACUGGACUGACUGGGGAGAAGGCUGGAAACCGCAUACCACAGAUCUCCUCGAAAAAAAGCCCCCUAGAGGAGGACAGUGUCUCCAUAUGUGAAGACACUGACUCUGUUGCCAGUCGCAAGAGACCCACCUUCAAGAUCUUUAAAAAACAGAAGAAAUAAGACAACUGUGGACAGCCGUUUUGUUUUUCUCUUACAGUCCUUUUUGUCGUGUUCUUAAUAUACAUGUUUUGUUUUUAUUUUUUUUCUGGUCAGAAGUUACGGCACCACCAGACACGUUUCCGAGGUCUUUAUAGAAAUGUUUGCUUUUUCAGAGGAACACUUAGGAACAAGCAUGAUUUUGGGGGAGGGUGGGAAUGACACAUCAGUGGGAAUGGGAUGGACUAUUUUUUUUGAGAAUGUAAUGCAUUAUUUAUUCAGCAGGAGACAGUGCCAGACUUUCAAAGGAAUCUCCCCUCUGAUGGACUUUUCUUUCCUUGUAUAAUCUGUAUCAGUUUGCAUGUCUUCGCCUUUGUUUGAUUGAACUUUGAAUGCUCCUAGAUGUUUGCCUGGUUCUUGUUCCCCUUUGCUUAAAACACGAAACAGCCUGGUUCUCUCAUUUCUAUCAGCACACUCCUUUGUCUUUCAAGUUAAAAUGAAUUGUCAGCUUAGCGUUAAAUGGUACUCUUUGAUAAGUGUUUGUCAAUGGUCAGAGUAACUGUAAAAGGGCUGAACUAUCAGUGUGAAACUCGCCUAAAAUAUGUUGCACUAUUUCUGAAUGUUGAUGUGUCGGUUUUGUAAAGAUAAUUAGUAUACGCUGGAAUACACACUAAAACCUUUACACAAACCAAGACACUGAACGUAUCUGUAAGGCUUCAGGGAUUUCUAGUAUGUUGAAGAAUUACGCGAUUAGAAUUAACUGAUCAUUGCCGAUCGUUCCAAAUCAUUUAGAAAAUACAAGGAGCUUUAUGAACAUUCACAUUUGUUUUUUGAGCAUUUACUCUUAACUAUGCCUGUUUGCUGACUGUUUCUAAAGACAUCAUCCAAAAUCCAAGUUCCCAAGACAAUAUGUCUUUAAAAAAAGAAUAUAAAGAAAAUGUAUGGUGAAUGGAUACCUUAAUUGGUUCAAAUUACAAAGAGUAAUUACAGUUUUAGCAGAUCUUUCCAUCUUUUUAUUUAAAGUGCCAAACUAAAGCCAGAAAAUGUUAUACAUUUCCAGAAGGUUAUAUUUCUGUUUUAUUAGACCACUGAUCUCAGAUAUGAUCUUAUCUUAAUUAGGUUAUCUAUAGAGGUAAAAUAGUCCUUCUUGUGGGUUAACAUGAUGUUCACUAAGAUGCAUGUUUUUUAACCCAGAUCACUGAAAAUGACAAGCACAUUUUUUUUGAAAAUAUAGGAUGUCAAGAAUCAUUAAAUUUGGUGAGGGAAGUCACUAGGCAUUUUUAUAGUUUUUACCCACAGGCAAACCAAAGCAGCGCUGCAUGAAACAUCACCUGUUUCUUCUAUCAUUUCUUUCGUGAAAGAUGGUACAAGACCACAUCCAAAUGUAUGUCAACCAAUCAGUCUUUAACAGGUAUACAACUGUGCAGAUGUAUUAGUUUCAUCUGUGCCUCUUUUGCACGAAGAAGCUCUUUUGUCUGUAUGUCAGUGUGCGCGCGUCAGUCUAGUCCAGUUGAACUGCACUUCACAGUGUUAAUGCAUGUUCUCAAACAUGGACGGUAGAGAUGGGAAAUGUUCUAGACUGUUCCCCAUUUAGAUAUUCCAGUUCAGUUCUCAAUUUGAGCUAUGUAUGCCUAUACUGUACAGAGAGGUGGAGACACAAAGUAAAAAAAAAUAGAAUUUUGCAUCUUCUGUAAUGUUCAAAAUUGUAGUCUUAUAAUUUUAUGGCACUCCUGCAUGAAGCAAUAAAAUUGGUUUUAAAAUGAC